UUUUUUUUAGAUGUAGGAUUUCAUUUUUAAGUUAUGCUGUUGUGAGUUUUUUUUCCAAAAUCGGAAAAGAUUUAAGCUACCGUAUCAAGGAAUAUGUUUAAAUGUGCCUUUUGAUUUUAAGAAAAAAGAAAAAAUAUGUACACUGAAAAAAAAUAUGGUGUAUUGUUCUGUUAUGUGUCAGCUUUGUUUUGUUAUUUUGUUGGAAGUGUGGGCACAAUUAUAGAACUAAGGUUUAUAUUCAGCUUUUGGAUUGUUGGGUGCUUGAUUGAAGUAUAGAAUUAUUUUGUGUGUGUGUGUGUGUGUAAGGUUAUAUGUGUGUUUGUGUGUGACUCGUGUGUAGGUAAAUUGAUUGUACAACACCAUUGUUUGCUGACCAUGUGAGGUUACAGUAGCAGUGAAAGAGAGUCAUUCACAAGGACUCGUUGGCUACAAAAUUAACCAGACGGUCCAGGUUGCUCUGAUUUGAAAGGCCAGUUGGAAGUUUUAUGGUUUUUUUUUUCAUAUGUACAGUAGACUGGUAGUUAUAUUUUGGUGCACUCGUUGACAAGUGUGUUGCCUUUUUCUUGCGCAAUAGCAAAUUUCCUCUAUUUUUUUUUUUACUUUCCAAUAAGCUCAUUAUUCUGUUACAUUGGUCAUACUACAGUACAGUACUGUGAAGAGUUGGCAAAACAGUGUGCGAUUCAUAACCAUUCCAGCUUGGUAUUUAUAUGGUCUCCAGUUUUCCAUACAUCAUUUUCAUGCUUUAUAUAACCCAUCUAAUUAACCAAGUCAAUGCACACUUAAUAAGCAUACAAUUGCAUUCAUUGACAACUGGAAAGCAAAAUAUUUCUCAUAGUGCUUGAUGCAGUGAUAAUCUCAAAUUGCUGGUAGUUUGCACGAUAAUCUCUCUGUUGGGGAUAAUAAGACACUAAGACCCCCACACAUACACUACAGUGAGCUUUUUUCACAAGUAUUUUCAUACAUUUUGACUUUGCUGCUGUGCGUAUACACAUGAAUACCGAAUUGCCAGCUCCCUUAACUGAUCUCAGCAGUAAUAAUAAGCCUUUAUUUGAUCCCCUUGAUCUCUGAAUAUCACUUGUAUAUAAGGACUGUAAAUUAAGUUAUUGCUCUACAUGUAAAUACAAUAAGUGCAUGGUAAUAUCUUACCUAUCCUUUUGCCCACCAAAGAGAAGUUAUACAAAUGCUGACUUUCCCCCUCAUUGCUUGACUGUUAAAACAUUGUAAAUAGUCUGUUUACCAAGCAAAUCUAAAGAAACUACUCACAUUCUGUCAUUGUCUAUGUGAUGUAACUUUUGCUUUUGAACUUCAAAAGGUUCAACACCAAUAAAAUAAAAGUUGAAGUGAAUAGCCUUUGUCUUUUACUUUUAGCCAUUUCCCCAACUUUGUUGUGAUGUAAAAUAUACGAAUACCUUAUUUUGAUUUAAAAAAUGUUUUAAUUAAAUGCUGUAUCUCAGAAAAACAAAGCAGGAAGAAGAGAUAUAUUAUAAUGUGUAUCAAACUUAACAGAGCUGUAAUACAGUUGCUCAAUAAUUUAAGUUAUACAUAGGAAAACAUUCCUUGUGCUAUUGGUUGGAGACAGUGGCCAAUCCCCGCAAUCCUCACUGUCACAUGUCAGCAACCUAACCAAUAAAACAAUUGCGCAACCACACAGCAGGAUACAACAACACUCAGCUGGAGACAGCUGAAACAAGCGCCACAUGCUGUAGCCUACCCUGGAUCCGUAAAGGCACUCCUUCACAGUACAACAUGCGCUGUCUGUAGUCUGUACACAACAUGUGUGCCCAGCCUUAUUCAUUUAUUUUCCUUAAUGCGGCCCUAACGUAUUCUAUGACGUGGACUGAUUGGACAUCUGUUGUGUGGACAUCUUAUUUUGAAGAUGCCUGAAACAGGAAAUUGCUAUACCACCAAAGUGCAUUACGUGUCUGUUCUCACCUCUUCAGUCAACUUAGCUUAAGUCACUCUAUUAUUAAUCAUCGAUUUUAUAGCGUUAGUUGUAAUUUUACUUAAUUUGAUGCUCAUGAAAUAUAUGAUAUUAUUAAUGAGUACUGAUGAAUAAUAUUCAUUCUGAAGAUGUUUUAUUGUAUUGGCUUGUUGCUAAGUUAGAUAGGCUAAUGAGUAACGUAAACUAUAUGCAUAUUACGGAAAUGAGGCAGCUACCUUCCAAUUCGAACGCACUCUUUUGCUAUUAUCUAUGUGAAGCACAUUGUAUUGGCAUUGUAUUGCCACUGUAUUUAUAUGAAGGACACUGAAUUACCACGGUGUAUGAAAUGUGCUUUUUAAAUAAACGUGCCUUGCCUUUAUGUUAGUAACGUGAAUAAGCUAAUAUUAACAUGAACUUAAGAUUUUUCUGUUCAGUGGGUCUUAAUACUUGUCUACAGCAGUUAUUCUGUGUAAAGGCUGCUGUUAAUGUAUCUAAUUCGUAUUGUACAGCAGGUGUGCUUACAACUAGAUAUAGCAGCGAGCUUAGCACGUCUAUGGAAGAUAGGGGUAGCUAAAGAGUUGGCUCUUGGGGUAGCUUUGGCAUGUAUUGAUGACGCGUCAUACACGCUAGGAUUCAGUUAGAAUUUUAAUGACAUAACAAUACGAUGACACUAGACGCUACUAUGACAUAAUGUCAUUGCUGCCCUUUCGAAGAAGGGGAACACAAUACAGUACCAUUUCAGAAUACAUGCAGCACUGAGUUUCUGUUAAUCACAACGUGACAUGAUGGAUAACGGUAGCAGAGAGGUGUUAUGGAAGGAAGGGCUGGACACAGGACUGUUACAGGAGCGAAUUGGAAUACAGAAGGAACAGACGUUGGAUUGGAUUGAAAUAAAAAAUAUGUUGUUGGACAGUUGGAAAAAACAGGGAAAACAUGGGUUUCUAUAUGAAGAGAACAUCAUGCCAACCAUGGAUAAGCCUAAAGUAGAGAAAGAGCCUCAAAGAAAAGACCUUCAAGCGAAGUUUUAUGGGGACAAGGAGGAUAACAGGAGAUGGAUGGAAACCUUUCAACUUUUGCAGGCUAUGGAAAUGAAAAAAUGGAUGACAAGAGAAUUGGACAGCACAAAGCAAGAACUGAGAAGAGAGAUGGAGGAGAGGGACAGAGCUAGACUGACAGAGGAGAAAAAAUAUGUUCUUGCCACACAGGAGAUCACACAAGAACAUAUUUUUGGAAUUGCAAUUAUUUUUGCGAUUGCAGCAUCUAAGACCAUAAAUGAAGACUUGACUCAGAGGGUGAAAACACUGGAGACAGAGAACCUACAUCUGAAACAAGAAAUGGAGAAUUGGAGGGCAAGGGAACUCCAAGAGAGAGACUUAGAGAAACCAACCCGAAUGGUGGAGAUGGAAAAGAUGAUUAAAAUGAUGGAAUAUUACAGAGAGAGAUAUGAAAAAGAAAUGGCCCGAAUGGUCAAUGUUCAAAUGAAAGAGGAAAGAAGACAAGAGCAGGUCAACUUGGAUGUCAAAGAUAAAAAAAAUGUGUUGGAGGACAAGCAAAAAAUUGAAGAUGACAGAAAAAGCACAGAAGAUGUGGAACAAGAGAGAGCUCAAAAGAAAACAAACAGAGAGAAUGAGAAACCAGUGAGGGAAGACCACAACUGGGUGGAGGAGGAAAGUAAUGUUAAAGACAUGGGACAUGCAGAUGAAAAGACAGAAGGUGAAAGUAAGGUAUUGGAGACGGGGAAAGAAGGUGAUCAGACUGUGGAAAAGGAGUUUCUGAAAGACCAAGUACAGAUAAAGCCCUCUUCUAAGGAAGUUGUAGACUGGACAGACGUCAAGGAAGCGGAGAUUAAAGAGGAGAUCCACAAUGAUGUCUGUGAGGACCAUCAGGACAUUACAAUGACCAAAUCUGUUUUGAGGGACUCCAAAAAUGAAGACAGUGUCACCCUGAAGGACUGUAAGACCAACUCGGCAAACUUUCCUCUCAAAGUUUCCUCUCUUGAUGAAGCCACAGUAGCAACAAACACUGGGGUUGAGACUAAAGAGCUGAUCCAAAAUGAUGUGGCUGAGUACCAACAGGACAUUACUGUGACUGAAUCUAUUUUUAGUGACCCAAAAAUUGAGGAUGAAGAUAUUUCGCUUAAGGACACUAAGACCAACUCUGCAUGUUUCCAGGAGAUUACAGUUGGCCAACAAACACUGGAAGAGAGAAAUGUGAAGGACAAAGGGCAAAAUAGACUAGAAGAAGAGAGAAAGAAGAUGGAGGACCAAGAAAAGAAAUGGGUGGAAGAGGAAAUAAGAAAGGGAGAGAUGAUCAUAAUGGAGAAGCAAAAGAAGAGAGAGGAAGAGAACAGAAGGGUGGAGGACGAAAGAAAGGAAGAGGCAGUGAGGUUGGAGAUGAACAGAGAGAGAAUGGAGGAAGAGAAAAAGAUGAUGGAUGCAAACAAUGACGAUAAUCUGUUAAGGAGUCAGGAGGAGGAGAGAAUGAGAGCUCUGAAAUUAGAAAAGAGGAACAGAGUGACAGACGAACAGCUAACAGACACCUGGACAGAAGCAGUGAAUUUAGAAGUGAAAUACUCAGAUGAUGAGGACUGGAUAGACUCUGAACGUGAUAAUGAAAUCAAGAUCCAGACAGAUGAGAAGCAGCAGGACCUUGAGAGUGAGUUGGAGGAGAGCAUUGAUAAAGAACUGAGCCAUGGAGAGCACAGUGACAUAGAGAAUAAACUGGCAGAGAAAGAGGUUGAGAGAAGCCCAACUUCUAUGGCAGAGCAGUCUGGAAAAUCAUCAGUCCAAGAUGAAGAACACUUGCGGAGCCCUGGAGUGACAGCACAUGCAAACCCACAGUAUACUCAAUAUAUGAAGUCACCAUUGCCAGAUCUCUCAUCUCCUACAGAAAAUAUGGCAUCACAAACCCUACCUCCACGACAGGAUAAACUCACAGAUUCAGUGGAUGGAGAUACCUUCUGUGAAAAGCAGGAAUAUUCAGAUUAUGACGGUGGGACGGAGUCUGAGAAGUUGAACAAUGAAGGUAAGAUCCAGAAAGCUCAAGAGAUCCAGACGGAGGACAUUGACCACAAGUCUGAGGACAGCAUAGUUGAAGAACUGAGCCAAGAUGAUCAGAGUGACAUUGACAUUGAGGCGGUACAUUUAGUGGAGGUUGAAAGCAACAUCAUCAGCUUCACUGAAAUGAGGAAACCAGCGGCAUGUGCAGCAGUCCAGGAGGACCAGUCUGGGCAACAGUCAGCAAAGCCAAAAGACAUGGCAAAGGAACAGAAGGAUGGUGAUAUGAAGGCAGAAAUAUUGAGGGUGGAAGAACAAGUGAAGAGAGUUCAAGAAAACAGCCAGAAGCAUAAGACAAAACAGAAGCAAGAGACAAUGAGGUUAAAUGAAGAAGAAGAGAUAAAGAUGAUGGAUGCAGAACAUGAUAAAGCCAAUAUGUCAAGGAGACUGGAAGAGAAGAGUAUGAGUGCUCUGGAAGAAGAGGAGAGGAGGAAAGUAAAGGAGGAAGUUGAGACAGAGAUGGUGAAAGGACAUCCAUCCCCUGCAGAGAAGUUAGAGUCUGAUGAUAAAGUCUUGAGAGUCCCAGAAGAAUGUGAAAAAGAAGGAAAGAAAGGCAGGAAUAAAGGCAAGGAGAUCCUGACGGAGGACAAAGAACCUAUGAUGAAGCCCGAAAAGACAGCACAUGCAAAUUCAGAGAAUAUUCUACUGAAGUCACCUUUACAAGGAGAUCACCUCUCUUCCAUUGUGGAAAAGGUGACAUCAAAACCUUUGCCACCAUUACAAGACAUGGACAAGCAUCAGCUACAUGAUGGUUCUAAUGGAGCAAUGGGGACCAUGAAGAAGCAAAAGAAAAAGGCAAAAGACACAAGAAAAAGAAACACAGAGGCUAAAAAAAGGAAAGACAACGAGGUAAAAAGAUUGGAAAUGGACAGAGACACAACGGAGAAAGAGAAAGAGAAGAUGGUUGAAGAAAAAAAGAAAGCCGAGCUGAUUUGGAGACUGGAGGAGGAAAGACUAAAGGCUUUGGCAGAAGUGACAGAAACAGACAUGGCAAAGGAACAGAAGGACGGUGAUAUGAAGGCAGAAAUAUUGAGGGUGGAAGAACAAGGGAAGAGAGUUCAAGAAAACAGCCAGAAGCAUAAGACAAAACAGGAGCAAGAGACAAUGAAGUUAAAUAUGGGCAGAGAAAGAAUGGAAGAAGAGAUAAAGAUGAUGGAUGCAGAACAUGAUAAAGCCAAUAUGUCAAGGAGACUGGAAGAGAAGAGUAUGAGUGCUCUGGAAGAAGAGGAGAGGAGGAGAGUAAAGAAGGAAGUUGAGACAGAAAUGGUAAAAGGACAUCCCUCCCCUGCAGAAAAGUUAGAGUCUGAUGAUAAAGUCUUGAGAGAGCCUGCAGAAUGUGAAAAAGAAGGAAAGAAAGGCAGGAAUAAAGGCAAGGAGAUCCUGACGGAGGACAAAGAACCUAUGAUGAAGCCCGAAAAGACAGCACAUGCAAAUUCAGAGAAUAUUCUACUGAAGUCACCUUUACAAGGAGAUCACCUCUCUCCCAUUGUGGAAAAGGUGACGUCAAAACCUUUGCCACCAUUACAAGACAUGUGCAAGCAUCAGCUAGAUGAUGGUUCUAAUGCAGCAAUGGAUGAGGAAUGCAUGAGGAAGCAAAAGAAAAAGGCAAAAGACACAAGAAAAAGAAACAUACAGGCUGAAAAAAGAAAAUACGAGUUAAAAAGAUUGGAAAUGGACAGGGACACAACGAAGAAAGAGAAAAAGAAGAUGGUUGAAGAAAAAAAGAAAGCUGAGCUGAUUAGGAGAUUAGAGGAGGAGAGACUGAAGGCUUUGGCAGAAGUGAAAGAAAUGUUGAAAGCAAAAAAAGCUAUUCGAAUGUAAACACUAUCGGAAGGGCCAUCUUCCGAAUAAGAUAAUCAGAGACGUAAGACAAAUGUCAUCAUUCCAGAUACUCACAGAUUCACACAGUAUUUUAUUUGAUCUUCUUUCACUAUUUUUGACAAUUUGCCUUGAAGACACCCCACACUCCUAUAAUGAAAUAAACAAAAAAUAAAGUAUGCUUGGGCAAAAAGGUAGUUUUAUUGUCAUGUUUUAAUAUGACUAGAACAGAGCAUAGAAUUAGAUUUCAGAUGUCAGAUGUCAUUAGACAUCCCAAUCGAGAGUCAAAAUCCAAUCCAAAAAGGGUCAACAUAGAGCAAAUAAUAAAUCAAUGAGGAUUCAGGAAUCAUAGUAAAAAGGGCCAGACAAAAGUCUGAAUGAACCAGAACACAAGACUUCACAAAGACAGAGAAAAGAAAAGUUUAAAUACACUGGCAGACAAGGAAUAGGUGAAGACCAUUGACAUGACAAGGUGAGUGGAAGAGUCCAUUAGAAAGGAGAGGGGAGCAAUGAGUUUCAGUUCAUGACAGAACCCCUCAGGACAGGCUCUAAAGCUGAAAACCAUUUUCCUGAGGUGCUUUUCCACUGGGAACUUCCCAGGUGGAGCAAACGUUUAUAGGAACAGCCCCCUAAUCGGCCCUUUCAGACUUUCUGUUUCCAUUGCGGUGUGUAGCCUAAUAUUCUAACAUUAGUGAUGUAGCCUAGUAUUUUGCUCUUCGAUCUCGAGGCCGGUGGGCUGUGAGUAGUAGUUGCACACAGAUGGGUAAUUCUUGAUGGUUGUCUUGAAGUGUGUGACAUCAUGUAGAACAGAUACUCUCCCAAAAAUCUUUCAGUUUCUGACAAAAAAAAAAAAUA